AUGUUAGAAGGAAUUAUUGAGGUACCAAGAACUGUAGGUCGACAAACUGCACGUAACAAUAUUCCAUCUGAUUCUCCGGAACAGUAUUACAAAAGAUCAAUAUUUUUACCGUUUUUGGAUCAUUUUAUUUGUCAAUUACAAGAUAGAUUUACUAAUCAUCAUCAUGUAAUGGCCAAACUACAAUCACUUAUUCCAAAUUUUAUUAAAAAUACAACUGAUAUAAAAUAUUUUCAAGAGGUAGCGCUUUUUUAUAAAGAUAUUUUACCUAAUUAUGAAACAUUUGACGCAGAAAUUAAAAUAUGGCUAACUAAAUGGAAAAAUGUAUCUGAUAGAGACCGUCCAACUACAUCAUUUACUACAUUGUCUGCAAUGUCUUAUGAUUUUUUCCCAAACAUUCACAGUCUUUUGACAAUUAUGGCCACAUUACCUGUUACAACUGCUACUGCUAAACGGUCAUUUUCAACUCUACGGAGACUUAAAACAUACUUACGAAACAAUAUGGGAGAAACGAGACUUACUGGAUUGGCUUUACUAAACAUAUACCAAAAUGUUGAUUUAAAUGUGGAAAAAAUUAUCGAUAGAUUUGCAAUGUUACCACGAAAAUGGGAUUUUAUACUUUAG